CCGACACUCAUCACUUUCAAUUGUAGAUUUUUGCGAGUUAACUCGAUAGUUCACUGCGAUUUCCUUCUCAAACCGAGUUUCUUUAACUCACAAAUCGACAUCCUCUCGCUCACUCGCUCGCUCGCUGUCGGCUAUCAACCCUCUUGCCUCUCUCCCAAAUCUUACCGGCGGCAAAACUGUGCCGGAACUCCGAGACAGGCUCACGAAUCAUGCUUCUAUCAUUCAAAUUCAGUUGAGAUUAAUGUUUAUAUAUGUUUACUUCAAAUGCUGCUGAAAGUCUUGUCAUGUUUUCCAUCCACAUUGUAUCACCAUUGUCGCCUUUGGGAUAAAGGUUCUAUUAGAUAUGUCCAUUCUCUUGAACGGGUUAGACCAAAGAGAAGAAUUCGUUCAAACCCACCUACCAGAUUCGCUAAAAAAGAAAUUGAAAUUCCCAAGAUGUAUAUGAGGCAGACAAUUAAGAAAAUCUCCAACAUCCUCAGAUAUUCUGAUUGGGCUUCUGCUAAAGAUGAGCUACAAAAUCUACCCAUAAAAUGGGAUUCAUUCACUAUCAAUCAAGUCCUCAAGUCCCAUCCUCCCAUGGAGAAAGCCUGGUUGUUUUUCAACUGGGCGUCUCGUCUCUCGCGAUUUAAGCACGACCAGUUCACCUACACCACCAUGUUGGAUAUUUUUGGGGAGGCCGGGAGGAUUUCUUCAAUGAAGUUUGUGUUUCAACAGAUGCAAGAGGGAUGCAUUAAGAUUGAUGCAGUUACUUAUACAUCACUUCUGCAUUGGCUAUCCAACAUCGGCGAUAUUGAUGGGUCGGUUGCAAUGUGGGAGGAGAUGAGAUCUAAGGGUUGCAAACCGACUGUUGUUUCUUAUACGGCUUAUAUGAAGGUGUUAUUUGAUCAUAACAGAGUGAAGGAUGCUGUUGCUAUCUAUAAGGAAAUGCUUCAAUCUGGUCUAACUCCAACCUGUCACACCUACACAGUCUUGAUGGAACAUCUCGCUGAAUCAGGAAACUUCAAGGAUGUCAUACAAAUGUUUAACGGAAUGCAACAAGCUGGAGUUUAUCCUGACAAAGCUGCGUGCAAUAUUUUAGUUGAAAAAUGUAGCAAAGCUGGGGAAACCAGGGCCAUGAACCUGAUUCUUCUGUACAUGAAAGAGAAUUCUCUUGUUCUUCGAUAUCCUGUUUUUGUCAAAGCACAUGAAACACUGAUCAACACGAGAGAGAGUGAUACUCUCCUCAGACAAGUCAAUCCUCACAUUAAAGCUGCUGAUUAUAGAAAUGUAGAAGAAGAAAAUGAGUAUGUUUCUUCUGCAGAUACUGCAGAUGCAAAUUCAAUGAUAGAUAUAGUUCUGAUAUUGGAUUUCCUGAAGAGGAAGAAUUUAAUUGCUGUCGAUUGCUUACUUUCUGGUCUGAAUACCAAGAAUAUUAAGGUAGAUUCAUGGAUUCUGACAUCUGUCAUUGAGGUUAACGGCAAAAAUGACAGAAAAAGUGGCGCUUUAUUGGCGUUGGAUUAUAGUACGAAAGUGGGCUUGAAAAUGGAGAGGUUUGCUUAUGUUUGCUUGAUAGGAAUUCUUAUAAGAUCAAAUUAUUUGGUGAAGGUUGUAGACAUUGUUAAUGAAAUGGUUAAAUGUGGAUUUUCGCUUGGCACAUAUUUAGCUACAUUGUUGAUUUAUAGGCUUGGUGUUAACAAGGAAUUUGCGAAUUCUGAAAAGUUAUUCUGUUUACUGCCCGAUAUUGAGAAGAACACAGCUACAUACACUGCCCUGAUUGCUGCGUAUUUUGCCUCUGGAAAAGUGGUUGAAGGGCUUGACGUGUUUAGGACCAUGGGGGAGAAAGGAAUUCCUGUUGCUGCAGGAACUUACAGUGUUCUGUCGAAAGGUCUUGAAAAAUAUGGAAAGAUAACUGAAGCAGAACUAUACUGGAAGGAGAAGAAGAAGAGGAACCUUAGAACUGAUCAUCUCUCUCAAGUUGCUGCUUCUACGGAAGAGGAAACGGUUUGCAACUGUCUUUUUGCUGGAUAUGUGUCAUCGUAUGGAUGAUAUCGGUAAAAACCUUUCUCAAGUUGAGUUUAUUUUUCGAAUUAGUGACUGACUACAGAUGUGUAAUACUUUGUUAGUGAAUCAAAAUUAUGGACUUGUGCCCAUGAAUUAUAUAAAAAUUUAUUGGCUAAAA